UUAACUUUUUUUUUUGUCCGUGAAAAAGUUUUUUCGUACGCCGUUCAAACCUUUUCUAUAAGAUCAGAAUCAAGACAAAACUAACCAAACUUGAAAUGAUUCAAUUCACAGAAACAACUCCUGGUGGAGAUCCUGGAACCAUCAACCCGUUGUCCUCCGGAAAUCACUUCAAGAUGCCCUUGUCAGUCAGGGAGUUUGCCAGGCAGAAGCCUCCUCCUCCGGACUAUGCCAUCAAAACCUCGCUUCUCGGGCACGAUAAUUGCGUUACUGCAGUGAAGUUUAGUCCGAAUGGUGGCCAACUGGUUAGUGCCUCAGCCGACAAGCUACUUAAGCUGUGGGACGUAGACGCCUCCAAAUGCCUUCAAUCGCUGACCGGCCACGAAAAUGGCAUCAACGAUGUGGUGUGGUCGGGGGCUGGUCUACUGGCCAGUUGUAGCGAUGACAAGACUGUGCGACUCUGGGAUCCACGCAGUGGGCUUUGCACAAAAUCCCUGCUAGGGCAUGGCGGUUUCGUCUUCGCCUGCUCCUUUAAUCCGCAGGCCAGCCUGCUAGCAACCACCUGUUUUGAGGGAACUGUGCGCCUGUGGGAUGUGCGUACCGGCAAAACCCUAAAAACCGUGACCGCCCACCUGGAUCCGAUUAGUUCGGUGGACUUCAACCGCGAUGGUAGUCUUUUUGUGACUAGCAGCCUUGAUGGAUUGAUCCGCCUGUGGGACUCUAGCAACUGCCAUGUGAUCAAGACACUCGUAGAAGGCGACAACACGCCUGUGGGCUUUGUCAAGUUUUCACCCAAUGGCCGGUAUAUCCUGGCCUCCAUGCUGAACAGCACCCUCAGACUGUGGAACUACCAGAAGCCUAGGUGCCUAAGACUCUAUCGCGGUCAUGUGAACGAGUCCUUUUGCAUGACCUCCAACUUUUCCGUUACCGCAGGCAUUUGGAUUGUCUCCGGUAGCGAGGACGACACUCUUUGCAUAUGGAAUCUACAGUCCAAGGAGUUGGUCCAGAAGGUCAGCACGCAGGGCGACCAUGUGCUCUGCACCGAUUGCCAUCCUAAGGCAAAUGUGAUUGCCACCGGCGCUAAGCAGAAUUCGUUUGCCAUAAAAAUCUGGCAGAGUAGCGAGGAGUAGUCCCAACGAAGCCUUCUGUUUAAGAUGUAAUUGUUUUCCUUUUAUCAAAAGGCCAGCCUGGCCAUUAAGCAAACGA